CUCACGAAGUUCUCACAAAACAAAGGAAAAUUGGAACCAGCUCGAAGUGUUUACUAGUUUUUCGUCAUUCAUAAAUUUAUUUCAUUCAUUAUAUUUAUAUUGCCACUGAAAUCAACAUUAUGGUUGAGGAAACCACUCCCGUUGCAAAAACUAAGACAAAAACAGCUCGGCCGAAAGCGGUUUGCCUUUGGACAGUGGCAGACUCCCUGAAAUGGCUCCGGAGGCAUUGCAGUGAACAAUUUGCCAAAUAUAGUGAGCUGUUUAUAAAGCACGAAAUAACUGGCCGAGCAUUGCUCAGAAUCACGGACAAUUCCCUAUACCGGAUGGGCAUCGAUGACGAGAAGCACCGGGAGGACAUUUUGCGCGAAAUAAUUAAACAGCGACUGAAGACGGACAUAAUGGAAAUCCGUGAUAUGGAACUGAUGAACAACGUGUACGAAAACUGUUACUAGAAAUAUAGGGUCUUUUUUAUUCUUACUUGAAGUGUGUUAAAUAUUAACUCUUUAGUUCAGCAAACUGUUAUCGAAUUCAAGUUUGUUGCUAGUUCUACAGCAAUAAAUUAAAUAAAUUAUAAACUCGUGGAACAAAAACAAAAAAAGGUCUGUACGACGAUUGGAAUAAAUCCGAAGAAAUUAAUUUUAA